GACGACGGCGCUUAGACUCCUUCUCCCGACCAGGCUCUCCCUUUCCGGCGACGGCGACAGGCCGACGACAACUUCCUCUCCAGCUCUUCCUCUCCGGCUCUCCGUCUCCGGCUCUUCCUCUCCGGCUCUCCCUCUCCGGCUCUCCCUCUCCGGCUACUGGGCUACGGAUUCAAGUUCUGAAAGGGAAAGGAAGCCAUGAUGGAUUUGUCCCUCUAAACUGAAUGCAGUGGACUAACUCAGGGAGUUGACUCACCCAGAGCUCGCAUCAAAGACACACUCUUUGUAUAGCGUUUGCAACAACCACAAAAAUGUCGAGGUUGCAUGCGUCACUUCUUGACCACAAACAUCCCUUGUUUCUUGCAUCUCAUAGCCUCUACUCCCUUCCUCGCCGGAUUUUUGACUUCCAACCGACAUCUGUUUCAAACACAUCUUCUUGCCGAAACCUCAUCUUAAGUUCGUCUACUGUCGAACAACCGACAUCCAAUUCUGAGAAUCUGAUUCCCGCACUUGCCACAUCGGCUGCACUGCUCUUUAUCAGUUUGGGAGGGAUUCGUAGCUCCGCCUGCUUUGCUGCUACCUCCGGUAGUCCACCGGUUGUCGCUACCACCAAUGACAACACAUUGGUCGAGAAUCGGUCAAUUCAAGACAGUUCAUCUGGAGAGUAUGAGAAUGAAGAAGUGAAAGCUGCAUUUGAGAGUUACAAAUCAAAAACUUAUGCUCUGACUGUUCCAUUGAGAAUUGUUGCUCUCCGCAGCUCAGUCCCUCCUUUAUGGAUCAAGAAUUUCAUACAAUCUCAAGGAAGGAGAGUGAAAUUUCGUCUAGAAUUUCGUGGAACUCUUGAGGGUAUAUUUUCAGAACUCUCUACAACAAUAGGUAAAGGAAAAGUUAGUUCUAAAUUGGCUGGGGCUGCUGAUAUUAUCUCUCUUGGUGACACCUGGGUAAAUUUCGCAAUUAGCAAGAAAUUGAUAGAACCCAUACAGGGGGUUGAUGAGCAAGAUUGGUUCUGCAAACUAAGUGACAAGUGGAAGGUGUAUUUGCGCAGGAAUGAUGAAGGGAAAUCAGAUACUGAGGGUAAGAUAUGGGCUGUUCCAUAUCGAUGGGGAAGCAUGGUAAUAGCUUACAGAAAAAACAAAUUUCGACAGCAUAAUUUGGCUCCUAUAGAGGACUGGGCAGAUCUGUGGCGGCCUGAUCUUGCUGGGAAGAUUGCAAUGGUUGAUUCUCCAAGAGAGGUUAUUGGUGCAGUCCUGAAAUACUUGGGAGCAUCGUAUAAUACAAGUAACAUUGAUUCUCAAGUUACUGGUGGAAGAAAUGCUGUGAAGGAUGAACUUGCUGCACUUCAAAAACAGGUUCGGCUAUUUGACAGUGCAAACUAUCUUAAAGCAUUUAAUGUUGGUGACGUAUGGGUAGCUGUUGGGUGGAGCAGUGAUAUUGUUCCUGCUGCCAAACGCAUGUCAGAUGUUGCUGUGAUUGUUCCGAAAUCAGGAGCUAGUUUAUGGGCUGAUUUAUGGGCAAUACCGGCUGCCUCAGGCAUUGCUACAGACGAACUUGGAGGGCGUAUAAGAGGGCCAUCGCCGCUCGUGCAUCAAUGGAUUGAUUUCUGUUUGCAAUCUCAAAGAGCGAUACCUUUUGAGGAGGAGAUUGUUGCUGGUGCAUCACCAUCUGCCUUCGAUAACACCCCUUUGCCGAAGUCCAAAAACCUGAGCAAAAAUAAGCCGAAGCUUGAUACAAACCUCAUCGCUGGAGGAGUACCACCGCCUGAGAUUCUAACGAGGUGCGAGUUUUUGGAGCCUUUAUCGGAUUCUGCAUCCUUAGAUCAUCAGUGGUUGAUAAGUAGCAUGCAGAACCCAAAUCAUGGAUUUAUGCAUAAAUUGCAGCAUUGCAUUUUGUGGGCAUCGAAUGCCUUACAGAUUAAGUUAUAAAACAUCUGUGUAGUUAAAUUUUAGCAUUGUUUGCACAUUUAGAAAGGGCUGAAACCCCAAUAACUGAACGUCACAUGUAUUUCUACGUUAUUGUUUUUCGCUCGGUGGCCCUUCUGCAAUUCUGCAGGUAUCGCAUUCAAGAUCCUGCAGUUGUUGCUCGACCACUGUCGUCUCACCCCUGUUUUCAAGUUAGAUCGUCUUUGAUCGGUAUAGUUUUAAACGCCCUUCUUGGCGGCAUAGACGAAACUAGGCCCUUCCAUGACUGUUUUUAGUAAGCAAAAAAUUUAAGGCACCUACUUGUUGCCACGAUAUAUUCUUUUGAAGCAUUGUAAUAUUUAUAUACAACAAAUGCAAAAAAAAUAAAAAACUCCAUUUAGGAGUUGUUUGGCAGUUGCUGAAUGGUUUGGUGCAUAAUGAAAU